AUGGCUUCGUCCAUUUCUAUUCUCUCACUUUUUGUAUUGGUAUUGAUUAGCGGUUACUUUACCUUCCCUCUUGAUAAUUUCUCAUCGGAAUCAUCACCAUUAUCAUUCGAAAAUGAAUUAACAACUGAACAUAGUUUCAAUGCACGAGCUGCAGUUGGUGAUGACUUCUUCACAACACCGUCAGAAGAAUCAACAUCAUCAGUGACUGAGCCAUUCUCAUUGGAAUAUACAACAAUUACAACAGAUGUCAAACGUUCAGUUGGUGAUGGAUCUGAUAUCUUUGCUACUACUGUUGAAUAUGAAUUCACUACCGAUGCUGAACGACGAGAACGUAUGACCGAAGAUUUCUCAACUGUUGAAUCAUCGACAUUCACCGACAUAACCGAAAAAACACCAGAAGAAAAACGUGAAAUGGAACCAGCAUCAGACAUCGUCGAAGAAGGAACCACAGAGCGUGUAGAAAGUGCUGGAAAUAGCAGACGUGGAUUAGAUGUUGAACUACCAUUUGGAAAAGAACCCAAGGAAACACAAUCUUCAUUGGAAUUUACCACUUUCGCAACAACAUUAUUCGCAUCAACAUCAUCUGAUAUCGCUCCAGAAUUCUACACACACACAUCAACUGAAUUCAGCCCAAUGGAAUUAACCACCCAAAAAUACGUUGGUUCCCUUCGUAAAGGUGAUGACGAUGAAGAACAUGAAAGCGAUCGAAAACAAAAACCACAGGAAAAAGCCGACGAAGAACUUAAACCCGAGAAAGAAGAAGUUCAUAAACCAGAAGAAGAAGAAGAAGGACGCAAACCAGAAAAAGAGCACAAACGCAAACCUAACAAAGAAGAACGUAAACCCGAAAAAGAAGAAGAAGAAAAACACAAAUCUGAAGAACAUGAAACAGCUGUUGAUUCAGACAAAGAAAAAGAUUCCAAAAAGAAACUCUCAAAAUCAGACAAGAAUGAUUCAUCAGAAUCCGAUGAAAACGGCAAAGAAAAAUACGCAACAGGACAAUUACUCGAUCAAGAUUCAUCGAAAUCAUUCCAACAACGACCAAAAGAUUUUGCCAUUCUCGUUGAACCCGAUGUUUUCUUUACAAGCAUGACAAAUGAAGUAGCUAAAAACCAACGAUUUACCACUGAAUCAACGAAACUUGCUCAAGGUUCGACUCUUCUUCUCUUCCUUCUAGCUGGAUUUCUAUUUUGUGCGUGUCUAACGGCGAGCACGCUCGCCUUUGUGAAAAAUCGACACAAACUGAAUAGAAAAAGUCGAAUUAUCGAAAUGGAAGCUUAUUUGGAUGAACAUUACACUCAUCCAUUUCUAUUUCAUCAACAUUAUGAAAAAUAA